ACCUAAUGAGUGUUCAGAAUGCCUACUGCUGUUAUAAUCCAGGAAGUUGUGUAUCAGGAAAUCGAUCCGCUUGGUACUGCAAACUGAUCAAGCCAUUCGCAUUUUGCCUCAUCACAGCGAUGCUAGCAAUGUCAGUCUCUCAUCUCUGCGACAAAUACUCAGCAAGUAAUUCUUUCAGAGCUAUCAAAGCGGACUUAGGAAACUUGAGAUCACACAUGAGCACACUUUCGAUGGAAGUCAAAGGCGUAAUAGAUACGCGUGAUAAUCUCAAGUACAAGUUAAAAGAACUGGGAAUAGUCAUACCGAAGAUGUCGGAAGCGAUUUUGAAGCUAAGAAACGACGUCUCGGAAGAGAUGGGAUUGCAUACGAAAACAUUACUGAAAGCCUUAUCCCCCGAAAAUGUCCGAGACAUGGUAAGAUGCGAAAUAGAAACAUACGACGCUGAUAAAACUGGGAUGACAGAUUACGCUUUGGAGACGUCGGGUGGUGCGAUUCUUUCCACAAGAAACACGGAAACUUACUCAGCUGGAGCGCCGGUUUUAACUCUAUUCGGAAUGCCAUUAUGCCAGCAGCAAAAUACACCGCGUGCUGUAAUACAGUCGGGCGUUCUGCCGGGCGAAUGCUGGGCGUUCAAGGGAACCAGCGGUUCGGUAGUGAUCCAGCUUUUGGGGCCAGUGUUUGUAUCGGGAGUCAGCUUGGAGCACAUUUCCCCAUCGAUAUCACCGACAGGUGAAACAACCACAGCUCCGAAGGAUUUUUCAGUUUGGGGCUUACACGACGUGGACGACAGGGAAGGGUUUCUGUUUGGCGAAUUUACGUACGACAAUAGCGGAUCGGCUGUGCAAUAUUUCGAAGUGCAGCACAAGCCCAAGCGAUACUACGAUAUCGUCGAAUUGAAAGUGCAUUCGAACAGUGGUAACCACGAGUACACCUGUAUUUACCGAAUCCGAGUACACGGGUCGUUGAACCGAUGAGGCGCAGCGAGACUUUUUGCUUUGAUGUCUGGAAGUGAAGUUGCAAAGAAUAUCUACGCCUCUGGCUAUUACGAAAUAAAAACCUUUGAUAGAAAUAACGAAUGGAGGCAGAAAUUGGCCAGUAAUCGACGCUCACAUGUUUGAAAAUACAAUUCAGAUCUUGCGGGCUCGAUAUGAGCUUGCACAAUUUCAAGAUUCUAAAACUGUUGCUGAUUUUCAAUUCAAAAUAAUUAUUUUUGGAUUCCUGUGGAACAGAGACUUCAUUUUGACAUACUAGCACGUAAUCAACGUGCGUAUGCAAUCC